UACCCUUUUCAUUUAAUUAAUUAUAGAAUGAUUCCCUCACUGGUUUUUACGUAAUUUAUUAUUAGUAAUCUCAGUUUUCUAAUUAUCUACAGAGCGUUCGAGCUAUACUGUCUCUCUACCAUUACACACAACAAUUCUCCAAACACCUGAAUUUUGAUUUGCCUUCGUCUUCUCUCGCCGGCAGCUAAACGUAUAUUAGGUUAAGGCUUGUGAAAGAUGGCUUCUUGCCAAUGGCACGUUGAGAAGAGGUCUAGUUUGAGGAAUGAUUCGUUUGUAAAAGACGACGUUCCUGUUUCUGAAACUGGGAGCCUCUCGAUCAUCGUGCUCGGUGCCUCUGGUGAUCUUGCCAAGAAGAAGACUUUUCCUGCACUUUUCCAUCUCUAUCACCAGGGGUUUCUUGAUCAGAAUGAAGUCCACAUAUUUGGAUAUGCGAGGUCUAAGAUUUCUGAUAAGGAGCUGAGAGAUAAGAUUCGUGGAUAUCUCAUUGAUGAGAGGAAAGCAUACGACAAGGUAGAAGCUUUGUCAAAGUUUCUACAGCUGAUUAAGUAUGUGAGUGGCCCUUAUGAUUCUGAGGAGGGGUUCAAAAGAUUAGAUAAGGCAAUUUCGGAGCACGAAAUCUCGAAAAAGAGUUCUGAAGGAUCUUCCAGGAGAUUGUUUUAUCUUGCACUCCCACCGUCUGUAUACCCACCUGUAUGCAAGAUGAUCAAGUCAUGGUGCACUAACAAAUCUGAUCUUGGUGGAUGGACUCGGAUCGUUGUUGAGAAGCCAUUUGGAAAAGACCUGGAAUCUGGAGAGCAACUGAGUUCCCAGAUUGGAAAGCUGUUUGAUGAACCGCAGAUUUAUCGUAUUGAUCACUAUCUGGGAAAGGAACUAGUCCAAAACAUGUUGGUCCUUCGGUUUGCCAAUCGCUUCUUUUUGCCACUAUGGAAUCGUGACAAUAUCGCCAACGUGCAGAUCGUAUUCAGGGAAGAUUUUGGAACCGAAGGCCGCGGGGGAUAUUUUGAUGAAUAUGGAAUCAUUCGUGAUAUUAUUCAAAACCAUUUGCUCCAGGUUCUUUGCCUUGUCGCGAUGGAGAAACCAAUCUCUCUUAAACCCGAGCACAUCCGGGAUGAGAAAGUGAAGGUUCUUCAAUCGGUGAUUCCUAUAAAAGAUGAAGAGGUGGUUCUUGGACAAUACGAAGGGUAUAAAGAUGAUCCAACUGUUCCAAAUGACUCAAACACUCCAACCUUUGCAACUACUGUUCUUCGCAUAGACAAUGAAAGAUGGGAAGGUGUUCCGUUUAUACUGAAGGCCGGAAAGGCAAUGAGUUCAAAGAAGGCAGAUAUUCGCAUUCAGUUCAAGGAUGUUCCUGGUGAUAUAUUCAAAUGUCAAAAGCAAGGGAGGAACGAGUUUGUUAUACGCUUGCAACCUUCAGAGGCCAUGUACAUGAAGCUAACUGUGAAGCAACCGGGUCUGGAGAUGCAAACCGUGCAGAGUGAACUAGACCUAUCGUACAAGCAACGUUACCAAGGUGUCUCGAUUCCAGAGGCUUACGAGCGCCUAAUUCUUGACACAAUCAAAGGCGACCAACAACACUUUGUCCGCAGAGACGAAUUGAAGGCAGCUUGGGAAAUCUUCACUCCGCUACUUCACAGGAUCGAAAAGGGAGAAUUGAAAUCGAUCCCAUACAAGGCAGGAAGCCGAGGCCCAAUCGAAGCAGAUGAGCUACUAAAGAAAGCUGGUUAUAUUCAGACCCAUGGCUACAUUUGGAUCCCUCCUACAUUGUAAAAUGCUAUGAAUUUGGAGAUAUUAUGGAGAUGAUGAUGAGUACACACACAAUAAGAGCUUUUCCUUGCUGAAUAAAAAUCUCUUCAUGAGUUUGUAAGUGAAUCUUAUUAUGUAUACUAGUGAUCUUGACUAUGAUAUUAUUUUCCUCUUGUGUUUUUGGUUGUAAUUUUUUUUUUUUGGGUCACAAAAUGUUUUUGGUUGUAUAAUCUUUGGCUUCUUCACCAUAUUGCAAGGCGCCUAUGUAGAAAAACUAAUUAAGUUGAGAGGUAUCUUUUUAUAGAACCUCAAGAUUUUUCAUA